AUGAAGCAUCCAUUGUUCUGGGCCGUGGCCCUCCUUUGGGGUUUGUACAUCGAUGGUUCUCUUGCCCGAGGUCCUUGGAGCAUGACUUGGUCCUCUGAGCAAUUUGGACCUGAUGGCCCUUGGCAAGCCGUCAGCGUGAGAAUUGGCGGCAACGACACAAAGAUCGCGUUGUAUCCCGGAGGAGCUUGGGCGAGUACAAUUCUCCUCUCUACACUUUGCAAAAACACGACGGACAUAUCAUCUAUCUGCUACGGGGAUCAGGCUGGUCUUUUCGACACCGCAGAUUCAUCUAAAUAUGACGAUACCUCUAUUUAUGAUCCACAUCAAGGUGGUUGGUCCAGUAUGCAACUCGGAUAUACCAACGCAGUGCCUAUCAACGCUGUGAAACAAUCAGCGCUAGACUCCAUAGACAUUGGAGGCACGGUUGUGCAAUCUGUGGAUUUGGUUACCAUUUCACAGGGGUACCAGACCUAUCCCGGUGGAAAGAACUACCCCUUGGAAGUGGGUGUCCUUUCCCUAGGAUGUACGGACAUCAACCAAACAUUCACCAACGACCCAUACCCGGCUAUCAAUGGCACUUUCGUCCCCAGUUACCUCUACGAAGAAGGAAAAAUCCCGUCCUAUUCGUACGGAAUGCAUAUUGGCUCUGCCUCCUUCGGCAUUCCCGGUUCUCUUAAGCUUGGGGGAUACGACAAAAGUCGAGUCUUUGGGGAUGUUUCUGCGCAGCCAGUCGACAGUGGGAAGCUUCCAAUUGAAUUGCUCGACAUAAGUAUCGGCGUUGCAAACGGGGGCUCGCCCUGGAAUUCCUCUAAUAUGACGGGGUUGCUUGCACAGAGCAAUUCCUCUUUGACGUCUGGUUUCACGGUAGCAGUGGACCCAGCAAACCCAUAUAUCUAUCUACCCCAAAGUUCGUGCGACGCCAUUGCCGCCAAACUGCCUGUCACUUACGAUUCCGCUCUGGGCCUCUACUUUUGGGACACAACCAAUUCGCAAUAUACCAAAAUUGUGACCUCGCCCAGCUACUUGGCUUUUACUUUCACCAAGAAUGGUGUUAACACUGCGGAUAUCACCAUAAAGGUUCCUUUCGCUCUUCUAAACCUUACACUGGAAGCCCCCCUAGUGACCAACCCCACGCAAUACUUUCCAUGCAUGGGCACCGACUCCAAUCCAGCACUUGGUCGUGCUUUUCUACAGGCAGCUUUCGUCGGCGUCAACUGGUCCCAGAAAUCCUGGUUUUUGGCUCAAGCCCCCGGACCAGACUACUCUUAUAUUGAGAAUGUUGUCGACAUUAGCACUAGUGACACCACCAUCUCAGCCUCUGGGAAUAGCUGGGAACCUACUUGGAAAAACGCUUGGACGUCACUUGCAUCCACAAAUUCUUCCACGACCAACUUGACGGCCUCAACCGGCAGCACCGGUCUCUCAACCGGCGCCAAGGCAGGAAUUGGCGCAGGCUGUGGUGUUGCUGCUUUGGCGAUCAUUGCCGCUGCUUGUUGGUUUAUCCUACGUCGUCGUCAACAAUAUAACCGAACUGCAAGUCAGGACAGUGCAACGGCAGAUGGGUCUUUACAGCAACCCCCGCUCCCAAUAAUAACCACGGCACCCGUGGAAGUUCCUGACACCAAACCUAGCAUAUUGCAUGAGUUGGGCUACGACCGAGCCCUUGCCUUCCCACAGACCUCAACACAAACCUCAGGAUACGAGCAAAGCUUCCAGCAGACCUCUCAGUCCGAACAAGGCGCGCAAAAUUCGACGGACCAUUCGCAAGUCUCCCGACAAGGACCUUACGAACUUUCGACGCGGUGA